AUGAUCCUCAGCCUUCCCCCGAUGCUCCUCGCCCUCGCCCUUCUGCCCAUCUCCUUCACUCUUGCCACCCCAGUGGACAUUUCACCUCCCUACAGCUUCACCGAGCCGCAAGUUGUGGGCUCCUUUACUCCCAUUUCCGCCGACAUCAAAGGCCACGACUCCCUCGAAACCCGUGGCGAUGACGACAAGCUCAAAACCGGCGACCACGACUGCGAGAACAACCCCACGGGGAUCAGAGCGAGGACUCAGGAAUGGAAGUACGACAAGGACAAGAUUGCGACGCUCAAGUUCAGGAAUAUGGGAUGCAGGACAAGAUACAAGAGCAUUGCACCAAACAUAAAGACUGCGACCUACCUGGCGCGGGCACGACGAGUCAACCUGGUUGGUUUUGACCCUGGCCAGGGUACAAAAUACUCCGCCAGCGGUUCAGCAUGA